AGCGAGAGUAGGGGAGAGGACGGAGCGCGCGCGCACGCUGCAGCGUGAGGCGGGAAAAGAGGGGGAGGUCAGGAAGGGGAGUUGCAUCUCGCGCACGCGCACGGAGGUGCGUGUGAGUUGGACUUGUGCCGACGGAGGACAGGCGGGCGGCCGGCGGCGCGGGGAGCGAGCCGGGUUCGGUGCUGGGAGCCGCCGCAGUCGCAGGGGAGCGCGCGGGAGUGUCGCGCGCCCUGAGAGCCGCCCGGCCGCGCGGAGGAGACGGCGCUGGUGGCGACUCGGGGAGGAGCGGGGCGGGGCCCGGAGCGUGAGUGACACCCAGAGGCGGGCGCCGGCUGAGCCGGGCCGGGGCUGGGGACGCAACUUCCAUAGGACUGAGGAGCCGCCGCAGCCAGGAGACGCGACUGAGCGAACCCGCCGGGUCCCGCGGCUGCUGCCCCCACCCUCUCAGGGAAGACCGGGCGGAGGAGGCGCCGGGGCCGCUGCGGAGCGAGUCCGGAGCGGCUGAAGUUUAGACCUGCCGCGGAGCGGGGACGCGGAGCCGCAUCCAUCCCCCCGGGCCAGGGAGCAUGAAAGUUCCGCUCCGGCCCCGCCGCUGCUUCCGGCUGCGUUUGGCGACAAGGAGCCACUGCCCACUGCGCUGAGAAGCGGCGGCGGUGGGUCCGUGCCGGGCCUGCGGGCUGGGGAGAGACGCCAGCAGCUCCACCGCCGGCCUCUGGGGAUCCCCUCAGAAAGUGCCUGUGGCGCUGACGCCCCCGGUUGGAACUUCGCGAGAAACGAAACUUGAGGGAAAUCGUGAAAAACACGGAAAACUGGAAUAAAAAAUAGCUCCCCGAAAUCAGAGGAUCCUGCAAAUACCCCCUCCCCGACUGCGUCACCAGCAGCCUCACAAGGGAAUCACUGGAGAUUUAAUUUUUUAAUGCUUUUGAAAGGAUUUUUGUUGGUGUGUUUCUUGGUUAAAGGCCUUGUAUUUCACCUUGCGGAGUUCGUUUGGGGAGAAGAACAGAGGGGGAAAAAACCUCCUUUCUGCUGGGCAAGACUUGGAGGUGAAACGUUGGUGGCUACUUCUCCAGCUGGGCACUUCUCCCCACGCUACUCCUCACUUUGUAUGUGUGUGAUUUGUUUUUGGUAUUGAAGCAGUUUGAUUCUUCGCCUAAUAAACUUUUUCGUUCAAAUCCACGAUGGAGCCUGGCAAUAUGGACUAUUUCUGUGAUCAGGUACAGCAGAAAGAUGUGAGCCGCAGGAUGCAAAUCGGCCAAGAAUUGCUGGAGUAUCUGGCUGACCCCAGUAGAUCCACUGACCUCGAGCAGGAUCAGCAGCGCCUUGAUAAAGUGAUUGACGAAUUAAUAGGAUGGGUUAACUCUAGUAAUUUUAAGGUGGCGUUAGUUGGAUUAGAUGUCCUAGGUGCCUUUGUUGACAGACUAUCAGGACACUUUAAAUCCUAUGUACCAACUGUUCUUCUAGCAUUGAUUGAUCGAAUGGGAGAUGCCAAAGACCAAGUUCGAGAGCAAGCACAGACUCUUAUAUUGAAAUUAAUGGACCAGGUAGCACCACCAAUGUGUAUUUGGGACCGUCUUGCUGUUGGUUUUAAACACAAGAACUACCGAUCCCGAGAAGGAGUGUGUUUGUGUCUCGUUGCAACCUUAAAUAUUUAUGGUGCACAACCAUUAAUCCUCAGCAAGUUGGUACCACACUUAUGUAUCUUGUCUGGAGACUCCAAUAGUCAGGUGAGAGAUGCUGCAUUAUUGGCAAUUGUGGAGAUUUAUAGACAUGUAGGAGAGAAAGUAAGAGCUGACCUCAAUAAGAGGGGAAUUCCCUCUGCAAGGUUACAAGCAAUAUUUACAAAAUUUGAUGAAGUGAGAGACUCUGGAAAUAUGAUUUUAAGUAACAUCAGUGAUAAAAGCUUUGAUGAUGAGGAGUCAGUGGAUGGAAAUAGGCCAUCGUCAGCUGCCUCAGCUUUCAAGGUUCCUGCACCUAAAAAACUCGGGAAUCCUUCAAACAGUGCAAGAAAACCAGGUUCAGCUGGUGGGCCUAAGGUUGGAGGUGCAUCUAAAGAAGGAGGAGCUGGAGCUGUCGAUGAGGAUGAUUUUAUUAAGGCAUUUACAGAUGUUCCUUCUGUACAGAUCUAUUCCAGUCGAGAGCUUGAAGAAACAUUAAACAAAAUCAGGGAAAUUCUCUCAGAUGAUAAACAUGACUGGGAUCAGCGAGCCAGUGCGCUCAAGAAGGUUCGAUCGCUGCUUGUUGCUGGAGCUGCACAGUAUGACUGCUUUUUCCAGCAUCUACGGUUGUUGGAUGGAGCUUUUAAAUUAUCAGCUAAGGAUCUCAGAUCCCAGGUGGUUAGAGAAGCAUGCAUUACUGUAGCUCAUCUUUCAACAGUUUUGGGAAACAAGUUUGACCAUGGGGCUGAAGCCAUUGUGCCUACUCUUUUUAAUCUGGUCCCUAACAGCGCCAAAGUUAUGGCAACUUCUGGCUGUGCUGCAAUCAGAUUUGUCAUUCGUCAUACCCAUGUGCCCAGACUAAUACCUUUAAUAACAAGCAACUGUACUUCAAAAUCAGUUGCUGUCAGGAGACGCUCCUUUGAAUUUUUAGACCUGUUACUGCAGGAGUGGCAGACUCAUUCACUGGAAAGGCAUGCAACUGUCUUGGUUGAAACCAUCAAGAAGGGCAUUCAUGAUGCUGAUGCUGAGGCAAGAGUGGAGGCAAGAAAGACUUACCUGGGUCUUAGAAGUCACUUUCCUGGAGAAGCAGAGGCCCUGUACAAUAACCUUGAGCCAUCCUAUCAAAGAAGUCUCCAGACUUACUUGAAGAAUUCUGGCAGUAUAGCAUCUCUCCCUCAGUCAGACAGGUCAUCUUCAAGUUCACAGGAGAGUCUCAAUCGUCCUUUAUCUUCUAAAUGGUCCACAGCCAGCCCAGCAAGUAUAGCUGGCAGAGUUUCAGGAAGUAGCAGCAAGACUGCUCCAAGUCCAGGAACACUGCAGAGGUCCCGCAGUGACAUUGAUGUUAAUGCUGCUGCAGGUGCAAAGGCACGCCAUGCUGCUGGACAGCCAACAGGAGCUGGGCGCUUGUCUGCUGCUGGUCUACCUCCUGGAUCCUAUGCUUCACUAGAGGAUACUUCUGACAAGAUGGAUGGAACAGCUUCUGAAGAUGGUCGUAUACGAACAAAGCUUUCAACACCGUCUGUUGGAAUUGGAAAUUCAAAAACAGAUUCUAGAGGACGUAGUCGAACGAAAGUGGUCUCUCAAUCUCAGCGUUCAUCAUCGCCAGACAAAAAUGAAGGAUCACAGUCUGCUAACCCCAUUGGUGCUGGUAGUCGAUCUGGAUCUCCUGGAAGAGUUUUGACUACAACUGCACUUUCAACUAUGAACACAGGGGUUCAGAGAGUGUUAGUCAAUCCAGCAACAGCACAAAAACGGAGCAAGAUCCCACGAAGCCAAGGAUGCAGUAGAGAAGCAAGUCCUUCUAGAUUAUCAGUAGCACGAGGCAGCCGCAUUCCUCGACCUAGUGUGAGUCAGGGGUGCAGUCGGGAGGCCAGCCGUGAAAGUAGCAGGGACACAAGCCCUGUCCGCUCUUUUCCACCCCUUGCUUCCAGGCAUCACUCCAGAUCUACUGGUGCCCUCUACACCCCAGAAGUAUAUGGGGCUACAGGUACAGGGUUUGGAAUCAGUCAGUCAAGUAGAUUGUCAUCAUCAGUUAGUGCUAUGAGAGUUCUGAACACAGGUUCUGAUGUAGAAGAAGCAGUAGCAGAUGCAUUGCUCUUAGGAGACAUACGGACUAAGAAAAAGCCUGUACGAAGGAGGUACGAGUCGUAUGGAAUGUACUCUGAUGAUGAUGCCAACAGUGAUGCAUCCAGUGCCUGUUCAGAAAGAUCGUACAGCUCUCGCAAUGGCAGUAUACCUACAUAUAUGCGGCAGACAGAAGAUGUGGCAGAGGUCCUCAAUCGCUGUGCUAGCUCCAACUGGUCAGAAAGAAAAGAAGGUCUUCUAGGUCUACAGAAUUUAUUAAAAAAUCAGAGGACUUUAAGUCGCGUUGAAUUGAAAAGAUUGUGUGAAAUCUUCACAAGGAUGUUUGCUGACCCUCAUAGCAAGAGAGUGUUCAGCAUGUUUUUGGAGACCUUGGUCGACUUCAUCCAGGUCCAUAAAGAAGAUCUACAGGAUUGGCUGUUUGUGUUGUUGACACAGCUGUUGAAGAAAAUGGGUGCUGAUUUGCUUGGGUCUGUGCAAGCAAAGGUUCAAAAGGCACUUGAUGUCACAAGGGAAUCUUUUCCAAAUGAUCUCCAAUUCAGUAUUUUAAUGAGAUUCACUGUUGACCAGACCCAGACGCCCAGCUUGAAGACAGUCAAGCCAGCGCUGCAGGACCAGCUUCGCUCUUUUUGGAGCUCCAAGGUUAAAGUUGCAAUUCUUAAAUAUAUAGAGACUCUUGCACAGCAGAUGGACCCAGGAGAUUUCGUAAAUUCAAGUGAAACUAGGCUGGCGGUAUCUCGGAUCAUCACCUGGACAACAGAACCGAAAAGUUCAGAUGUUAGGAAGGCUGCACAGUCAGUGCUGAUUGCCCUUUUUGAACUAAAUACCCCAGAGUUCACAAUGUUACUGGGUGCUUUACCAAAAACAUUUCAGGAUGGAGCAACAAAGCUUCUCCACAACCAUCUCCGGAAUACGGGCAAUGGUGGUCAGGGGUCAAUGGGAAGUCCUUUAACAAGACCUACGCCACGUUCACCAGCCAGUUGGUCCAGUCCUCUCACUUCCCCAACUAAUACAUCACAGAAUACUUUGUCACCAAGUGCAUUCGAUUAUGACACGGAAAACAUGAAUUCUGAAGAUAUUUAUAGUUCUCUUCGUGGCGUCACUGAAGCCAUUCAGAACUUCAGUUUCCGUAGUCAGGAAGAUAUGAAUGAGCCUGUGAAACGGGAUUCCAAAAAGGACGAUGGUGAUUCAAUUUGCAGUGGCUCUGGAAUAGCGGAUCUGAGAGCAGGAGGUGGAGCAAUUGAUACAGGCCGAACAGCUCUUGAUAACAAAACAUCAUUACUUAAUACAAUGCCUCCCCACUCUUCUCCACGUUCACGAGAUUAUAACCCAUACAAUUACUCGGAUAGUAUCAGUUCUUUUAACAAAUCUGCUUUGAAAGAAGCUAUGUUUGAUGAUGAUGCAGAGCAAUUUCCUGAAGAGCCCCCUAUGGACCAUUCUGAUCUGGUUGCAGAGUUACUGAAGGAAUUGUCAAACCAUAAUGAGAGAGUUGAAGAAAGAAAGGCUGCUUUGUAUGAGCUUAUGAAAUUGACUCAAGAAGAGUCCUUUGGUGUUUGGGAUGAGCACUUCAAAACGAUACUACUUCUGUUACUUGAAACUCUUGGGGACAAAGAGCAUGCAAUCAGAGCUUUGGCAUUGAAAGUUUUAAGAGAAAUUCUAAGGAACCAACCAGCAAGAUUUAAAAAUUAUGCGGAGCUUACAAUUAUGAAGACACUAGAAGCUCACAAGGAUCCUCAUAAGGAGGUGGUGAGAUCUGCUGAAGAAGCUGCUUCAAUGCUGGCCACUUCCAUUAGCCCAGAUCAGUGCAUCAAAGUACUUUGUCCCAUUAUCCAAACUGCAGAUUACCCCAUUAAUCUGGCUGCAAUCAAAAUGCAGACAAAAGUGAUAGAGAGAGUAUCUAAAGAAACGCUUGCUCAGCUUUUACCAGAGAUUGUGCCAGGUCUAAUACAGGGUUAUGAUAAUUCGGAGAGCAGUGUUCGUAAGGCUUGUGUUUUCUGCCUUGUAGCCAUUCAUGCAGUAAUUGGCGAUGAACUAAAACCACAUCUCAGUCAACUCACAGGCAGCAAAAUGAAAUUAUUGAACCUUUACAUCAAACGUGCACAAACAGGCUCUGGAGCAGGUGACACAGCAGCAGAUGUUUCUGGACAAAGCUAAUGAAACUGACGACAGUGAACCAGGUCUUCUAAAGAAAGGACAGGCACUCUGAUAUCAGUGAAAGGAAAAUUCUCACGCACACCUUUGGAACUCUUGAUUUUUUUUUCCUCUCCAGUUUGUCUUUUGUUUUCUUUUUUUGUUAUUUUUUUAAACUGAUGGCUAACCCUCAGCCUGCAUGUGACUGUUGCAGUAGAAUUAUUCCAAAUCCAAGGAGAAAACAGUAUUAAUAUCAGCUGGUCAAAACACAAUAAAUUUUAAAAAUCUAAUCCAUCACUUUUCCUGUUCGCACUCCUCUGUGUGUCUUCCCAUUAACUUUUACCAGUGUUAUGACUGUAUUUAAAAAGAAUUUUUAAAAAUGCUAAUUAAACAGGAAUGCUUUAAGCUUUAAAAGUUAAAAUCUAAAUUCUUUUGCUUUUUUAUUUUUGGCUGCAGAAUAACAUGCCAUUUUUAUUGCAGUUUUGUUUAAAUAUCAUAUCCUUUGUUAGAAAGAAGAAAUUAUAUGAAACAAGGCAGGACUAGUCUGAACUGCAACUAGACUCAGUCACUGUGUUGGUGGUACAUCAUCUUAUUUGUAUCUUGUUUGGGAUAUUCUGGAGUAUGAGAAUUAUGCCCAUAAAAAAACUGGAUUGAUCCAGUUCUUUGAAAGUGA